AGUCGGAUACUAAUAACAGUCAAUUAAAUUAAUGUUAUAGGAGUAGAGUGUGUUAAAUUACUACAUAAUCGUAGACUGUGUUGAGAUCCAGAAGGUGAAUAUGGUGGGCUUUAUCUUUCUGAUUAUUGUUUCUUACUUGGGGUUCAUAGUCUGUGCUGUCCAACCGGAAGUAUUGCGGAAAUCAAGAGAUGCACUUUUCACAUCUUCAGGACACCAACUGAAUUCAAAUCGUGAGGAAAUUCAAUGGAGUAAUGUCCGACUUCCAAAAUCAAUUAUUCCAAUCGAGUACGACAUAUUUCUGCACCCCAAUCUCACAACCUGGGAAUAUUCUGGCAGAGUGGAAAUAAAAUGUGUAGUUCGAAGCACAACAAAUUUCUUUGUUCUACAUUCCAAGCGCUUGGUGCUCUCCAUGAUAACGGUGGAAUCUUUACUUACCAAUGAAACGAACAGAGUUGAUAGAUACUUUUACAAUUAUAGGACUGAUCAGAUUUACAUUGAAGUUGAAAACAGUUUACUACAAGAUACAGAAAUUUUAAUCAAAAUUGAGUUCAAAGGAAGUCUGCAGAAUUCGAAUGGAUACGGCUUUUAUGCAUUUGAAUACUUUGAUACAGAUAACAUAACAAGAAUAAUAGCCUCUACUAAGUUCGAACCAAUAGGAGCCCGUCAAGCAUUCCCAUGUUUUGACGAACCAGAGAUGAAGGCCAUGUUUUCUAUGUCGAUAGUUCGGGACAAGGACUACCUUUCCCUUUUCAAUAUGCCUUUGAUACAUUCCACGCCAUUCGAGGAAAACCUUCUCUUGGACACUUUCGAGAAAAGUGUAAAGAUGAGCACAUAUCUAGUGGCUUUUGCGGUGUGUGACUUUGCAUCCCUGUCAAGUCAAAGCAAAACAGGCAUAAAUAUAUCAGUGUACACCCCGAGACAUAAAAUCGACCAGGCUCAUUAUGCUCUUCAUGUGGCUGUCACAGUUCUGGACUAUUUUGGCAAUCUUUUCGGCAUUGCCUAUCCCAUUCCGAAACUAGAUUUAAUAGCUGUUCCCCAUCUCAAAGAUAUUGCUGUAGAGAACUGGGGAUUGAUAAUGUCCGGUUUGUCUGGACUUUUGUAUGAUCCGCUUCACGCCAAAUAUGAAGACAUAUAUCUGGUAACCUUUGUAGUGGCACAUGAGGUCGCUCAUCAGAUUGCGCCAAAGUGA